UUUUCAUCUCCCACCUCCUCACUCCUCGUCAGUUCGUCACUUGCUUCCAAGAACCCCGUGACAAGGCGGGAAGGAAUCCGAAUCGCAGCGAGAUGAUUUGCCGCAGUCUCCUCCUUCUCAGAUCUAAUGCGGCCUCCAAGGCAAGCAACAUAGUAAAACAUGUAGCUGCCACUGGAUGUUUGCCAAAAUAUUCCUCAGAGGCACCAGCCAGAUAUUUCAGCUCUGAACCGUCUCUUCAGGUCGACUCGACAGAAGAAAAUGGGUUCAAGGGGCAUGGCAUGCUGGCCCCAUUCACUGCUGGAUGGCAGAGCACCGAUUUGCAUCCUCUGGUUAUUGACAGAUCUGAGGGUUCUUACGUUUAUGAUAUCAAUGGGAAGAAGUACAUAGAUGCUCUUGCAGGAUUGUGGUCUACGGCAUUGGGUGGUAAUGAGCCUCGAUUGAUCAAAGCUGCAACUGAUCAAUUGAACAAAUUACCCUUCUACCACUCCUUUUGGAACCGUACUACCAAACCCUCAUUGGAUCUUGCUAAUGAAAUUCUCAGCAUGUUCACUGCAAGGGAAAUGGGAAAAAUAUUCUUUACAAAUAGUGGUUCAGAAGCAAAUGAUUCUCAGGUAAAGCUAGUUUGGUAUUAUAACAAUGCAUUGGGAAGACCUAACAAGAAGAAAUUUAUCGCACGCUCAAAAUCAUAUCAUGGAUCAACAUUAGUGUCAGCCAGUCUAUCAGGUCUUCCUGCUCUUCACCAAAAGUUUGAUCUGCCAGCUCCUUUUGUUCUGCACACAGAUUGCCCUCACUACUGGCGCUUCCAUCUUCCUGAUGAGACAGAAGAAGAAUUUGCAACUAGACUUGCCACCAACCUGGAGAAUCUUAUUCUCAAAGAAGGACCAGAAACAAUUGCUGCUUUCAUUGCUGAACCUGUGAUGGGUGCUGGCGGUGUUAUCCCUCCUCCAAAGACAUACUUUGAGAAGAUUCAAGCAGUCCUCAAGAAGUAUGACAUCUUAUUAAUAGCAGAUGAGGUCAUUACAGCAUUUGGUAGAUUGGGAACCAUGUUUGGAUGUGAUAUGUAUGACAUUAAACCAGAUCUUGUCUCAAUAGCCAAGGCUCUAUCUUCUGCCUACAUGCCAAUUGGAGCUAUUCUUGUUAGUCCGGAAAUAACAGAUGUAAUUUAUUCACAGAGCAACAAGCUCGGUUCUUUUGCUCAUGGAUUUACAUACUCGGGGCAUCCAGUUUCCUGUGCUGUCGCCAUAGAAGCAUUGAAGAUUUAUAAAGAAAGGAAUAUCAUCGAACAUGUUCAGAAAAUUGCCCCAAGGUUCCAGGAGGGAAUCAAGGCCUUCUCUGGAAGUCCAAUUGUAGGCGAGAUACGUGGUUUAGGACUGAUACUUGGGACUGAAUUUGUCGACAACAAGUCUCCGAAUGAUCCAUUCCCUGCUGAAUGGGGUGUUGGUUCAUUGUUUGGUGCCGAGUGUGAGAAGCGCGGAAUGCUUAUCAGGGUUGCUGGGGAUAACAUUAUGCUUUCGCCACCGCUUAUAAUGACUCCUGAUGAAGUUGAAGAAAUUAUUUGCAAAUAUGGUGAUGCCCUGAAGGCCACAGAGGAAAGGAUUGCAGAGCUCAAAGCCAAGAGGGGUUAGCCAUUGCCACUGCCGCUGUCGUUGUUGUAGUGAUUGAUGAUGGUGAUGACAAAUUGACAAUGUUCAAUGUAUACAGAGUGGUUUCAUCUGUAGAUGCCAAUAAUGAACUGUAAGCCUGAAGCUUGUUCUAGAUGCGAACAUUGAAAAUGAUACAAUUGUUAUCUUCAACUGAAUAUUGGAAUGGGGAAUAUGGCAAUUGCUUCUCUCAAUCA